CUCGUGACGUAGGCGCGCAUGUGACCGCAGCCGCUCAAUCCCUCUGUUCGUUACAGAGCCCUGUUCGUUUGUAAGGAGCUCUAGUGAGGGGUCUGAGGCAAGGGCCCGUACGCGGUCUCCGGGGCCCCGGGUGAGGUGCCAGCGCAAGGUGUUUCCUGCACUGUUCUGGACAAGUGGCAAGUGCAGACGUCUGUACUGCCCUUGUGCCCGGCUUCAGCAGGUGCGGGGGAUGUCAGGAACAGUGGGAGAACAUGGUGGCACAAAACUCAGAACAUAGUACCCCGGGGUUUAAAGAAGAAUGGAACCCAGUUCGGCCAAGCCAAAAGUUCCAGAAUUCCUUGCCAAUUUAGGAAAAGCCACCCUGCGAGGAAUUCGAAAAUGCCCCCGCUGUGGUACAUACAACGGCACCCGAGGCCUGAGUUGCAAGAACAAGAGCUGUGGUGUGGUGUUUCGCUUUGGGAAUCGCAAACAACCCAGUAAGGCUGCAGUCAAGCUUCAUUCCGGGUCCGAUGUGCAGAUAUUCUCUGUCAGGCAGAGGGACAGGGGACAUGACCACAGAUGUUUGGUGGUCUUGGGUCUCUCAGAGACCACUAUCCAGACUGAAGAAGGUACAAUUAUAACCCAGAUAAGCUCAGGUCGCUGCUUUGCCCCAUCGUGUCUCAAGGCUGCAGCACGCGGUGUUGUAGAAAACCAGUGCCAGCAUAUCAAGUUGGCUGUGGACUGCCAGAGUGAGGCUGAGGCUUUGCCAUUAAAAAACUCAGUUCUAAAUGCCAUGCUGAUCCCGCAAGAGACCAAACAGAGCAUUUGGCAGUUAGCUAAUGAGUCACCAGGGCCAUUAGUCCAGAGGAUUACCAAGUCUAUCCUUGUGGUGCGAUGCAAAACUAGCCAGCAGCACAGCCUGGGGUUCCUUCAUGUUUCUUUCACUCAGAAGCCCAGUUUGCAGUCUGAGCCUGGGCAUGUCUUCGUGUGCUCCUGCCAGCCCCCGAAAGCAUCUAAAACACAACCUGCAAAACCUGAGCCUGAGGAAAAAUGCAUCCACUACUAUGCUUGCCUGGGGGCCUUCGCCAGCGAUGAAGCUCUAGCCAGUGAAUUUACAGAGUUUUUCUGCUUCCUGUCCAGCGAUAAGUCUCUGGUCCUCAAAGAGGAGACCGUUUUGGAGACAGAUUGCAAGAUGGAAGCAGUGGUUCAGGUACAGGAGCAGCCAGCUGCGGCUUUCAAACCCAAAAAACGUCGAAAAGAUGACACACCUGGUUCAAAUGCAGCUGUUCAGGAAUCCACUCUCACACCCCUAAGAAAAUCUUCCCCCAAAAAACAUGGAGCCACCCCGACUAUUAAGAGGCCAGGAUGCAGUCCACUUAUUGAUGAGUCUCAGGUGUCCUUGUCCUUCCAGGACUGGCUGGCCAGUGUGACAGAGAGAAUCCACCAGACCAUGCAUUACCAGUUUGAUGGUAAGCCUGAGCCACUGGUAUUUCAUAUCCCACAGUCUUUCUUUGACACUCUUCAACAGAGGAUUUCUAUGGGAAACACAAGGAAGAGGCUUCCAAAUUACACCACAACUUUUGUCCGAAAAGAUGCCCUUCCUCUGGGAACCUUUGCAAAGUACACGUGGCACAUAACCAAUAUCACACAUGUUAAACAGAUAUUUGAUACAAUACAGAUGCCACUGGAGGUUACCCGAAGUUUUGUCCAGAACCGAGAUGGUACAUAUGAGCUGUUCAAAUGCCCCAAAGUGGAAGUGGAAAGCAUUGCCGAGACAUAUGGGCGGAUAGAGAAACAGCCAAUCCGACCUUUGGAGCUGAAAACUUUCUUGAAAGUUGGCAAUACUACCGCGGACCAGAAAGAGCCCACUCCUUUCACCAUCGAAUGGAUUCCUGACAUCCUGCCUGUGUCCAAGAUAGGGGAGUUGCGCAUUAAAUUUGAGUAUGGUCACCAUCGGAAUGGUCCUCCUACUGAUUUCCACGAGCCACCCCCCAGCCUGGAGCACACUCUGGAGAUAACACCUCUCACCACUAUUACAUUUGACUGAUUUCAUCAACCUGCUCUCACAUCCCAUGUACUUUUAUACUUUGUACAAACAGCAUCCUCUGAAAGGGGGAAAGGACCUGGCAGUUAAUGGUUCCAAACAGCAGCACAAUAACUCUGCCCUUCACCCCUAAGAACCCAGAGUAUCUUUUUUUUUUUUAACACAGUGACCACACACCCAGCAGUGUUUAGUUCAGUGUUCUUGUGGUCCCUGAUUAUUUCUCCAAAACAGUAUGGAACGGUUACAGCGAAGGAGAUGAUAAGCAUUAGAGCAGGUCUUUUUUUUUUAACCUGACAUUUCAUUGAUUGGGUGUGGAAACAAGACUGGUAAAACUAACAUUCAAUUGAACUGAGUGAAAGAGACGUUGCUGUCUCAUGUACUGAUUUUAUGGUUGCCCCAAGAAGCAGGCAACACUAUUCUAUUGUAAGUGGACUGCUCUGUUCUGGGCUGGAUGUGAUUUUGAGGCCGGCACUGCUAUCACAUCCUCACUCAUACUGUUCAUUCUCUUUCCUUUCCCUGAGCUCUGGGGGUGGCUGUUAUUAUAUGUCUCCCUAAUAAGUGUGUAUUAAACCCUCUUCUCCUGUGGUGUUAAAGAGAGACUUUGUGGUGGCAGUUCUAAAGCCAAGCUGCCAGUUUUGAUGCUUGUAAUGAUAUAGGAAGGGAAAGUGAGCUCAUGCUAAAAGCCAAACCAGUGAAAGAGCAAAAGUGACCUUCCAGACAGUGGACAUGAGGGACUACAUAGGUGGCUCCACCAGCUUAUUCGGCUAUAAAGGAGACAUGCUGCUUCACUGCUGCCAUUCAGAGCACAUCUGCACAGGAUCAUUUCUCUAGUUUUUAUUGGUAUUUAAUUUUUUAUUAUCACAGACAUUGCUCUGUUUCUCCUCUCUUACUGCUACUGGUACAUAAGUCUGUGUUUUAAGAAAAAAAAGCUUGUCAGCCCAGCUGUGAACAAUUGGAUCCCUCAGUCUGGGCCUCAGGCAUUGGUGCUGAGAUGAAGAUGAGUAAGGGGAUAUUUAUAUAAAAAAAACGCUCACAAGCUGUAAUGUAAGUGUAAGAUAUUUACUCUCUACAAUUGAGUCUCUCCUUCCCCCUGUUCAAUUGCUAUGGUAGAGCUAUUAUACCCGGAGUAAAAAAUUGCAUAUGAAAGCCUGUGACAGCAAGAAGUGAAGGGUGACGUGCGCCUUUGGGAUUUUUACAUCACACUUUGCUUCAGUAAUGAUCUCUGUAAAGAGCUGAAUUGGUUGUUUGAGGAUUUAUUAAUUACCCCUGAGCUAAAGCAAAAAAAAAUAUUCUUUGCUUGCAGUAAUAAUAGCAGUUAAGAUGGGAAUGAUAAAGGGCUUGGUGCAAUUUUUCUGAAAUGUGUAUAUUAGGUGGCCAGCAACUCCCUUUAGGUCACAGAAUAGUAACUCAGUAUCACAUACUGUAUAACAUUUAGAAAAUGUUGCCUUAUCCCAUGUGAUGGGUAGUGUUAAAGUUGACAUAUGUGGACUGAUAAAUGCUGAUGACUUGGCCUCUCCGGACUGAGUUUGUAGCAUAUUGGCCUGUGUAUGGGGCUUUCCUUUUGGCCUGGCUGCCUACUAUCUGGCUAAACAUCUAUCAGGCAGGUUGGAAACCCCAUCUGUUGGUGCAUUGAUAUAGUCCUCUUCUAAUGGGUUUCCUAGGCCCCCAUUAUGAGCUGAGCUUUGGCCCAGGGCCAAACUAUUGUAUCAUACUAACUCGGCCCAGCAUGUUGAUUGGUAGACUGGGCAAAGAUCUGACGUUCUCGGGCAAACAAGCAAAUCUUAUAAUGUAUGCCCUCCUCAGUUUGGGGUUCCUUGUUUUAUAUAAAGGCACUUGCUGUCUUGCAGGUUAUAUGUCUCCAGGAUAAUACCUGAUAAGAGACAUGUAGGAUGAGAUCACAAUACUAUUAAUACAAGAUAUUAUAAUACAAUCUUUCUAAUAACAUAGUAAAUGAGGUUGAAAAAACCACCUGUCCAUAAAGUUCAACCUAUUUGCCUACACAAAACCUGUCUGACCACUAGGAUACUGGUAUCAGAACGGAUGGUGUGCAAGAUGCAUCAAUAAAGUCUAACCUUCUGCCAAAGCUGCUGCACAGACAGCUAUCAGAUUGCACUGCUACUUUUAAGGAAGGUUCAUUGGGAUGUAUGGAGAAUGCUAAUGUCUAUGAAUUGCCCAUUGGCCAAACACUGACAUCCACUGUGCCACAAUGAUUGUAAAGGUUCUGUCUUUGUAGCCACGAGUGUAUCUCCUGAUCUUUGACACAAUAAGGUAGAACAGGGCUCACUAUAGACCAGUAACAAAGUUCCAACGCUCACAUUGGGGGAUACAAAUGAUUCAGUGUCACGUGCCAUAAAAAUGCAGCCAUUUCUAUAAUUGUUUUUACUCCAUAUCCUCAACUGGACAGCUUGCAUUGGGAUUGUGAUCCAGAUAUUGUAGCGCAUCUAAAGCUGCAUUAUCCCAAGCAAGGAAGUGGUGAGUGUUAGCCAUUUGCUUUUAUGUUUUGCUGGAUGAAUUAUUUUUUAACUCCUGCCAUAGGCUUUUGCAUGUAUUUCAGUGAUACUGAAUAGAAAGGAACCUUUGGUAUGGAACAGACAAUGGCAAUUCCAAGACUAACUGCCUGCAUUAUUUUUUGUUGUUUUUUUGUUUAUUUAAGAUACAAACAUUUACAUUUUAGCUGAACUUCCCCUUGCUUGUAUUUUGCACAUUUAUUACAAGAGAUGAACUUUAGAUCUAUGUACAUUUUCUUUAGCAGCUGCUCAUUACUGUAACUGUUGUCUUUUUAUAUGUAAAUGUCUGUUGUAAUCUAAUACCAUUACGCCUUGUCCAUGUUGGCCAAUCAGAGCUUGCUGAGGAUGGAGUGCAGUUUCAGGCUCCAGCUCCCAGAAAGAAGAGUGCCCACAUAGUGGUAAUCAAUUACUAAAAAUGGGGAAUCAUUUAAUGGCAAAUGUCUUUCCAGACACAGUGAGAGUAGUAGGGCCAGUAUUGUCAUGUAUUUCCUCCAGUGUUACAGCUGCACCUACAGACUACACAGGGAAAAUGUUCUACCUGAGGUGAGAGGAGGCCACAUUUGAGCCCUUUACUAAAGGUGGCCAUACACACUAAGAUCCAUUCGCUUGACGAGGUUACCAAGCAAGCGGAUUUUCUCCCUGGGGCCAAACAAUCAAUUUAGAACGACGGGUACAGGCGUCCGUCAGUUUGGGGACCGCAUCAAUAAGCUGAUCCAAUCCGACUAAUUUUCAAACCUGCCUUAUUGAGAUCUGGCUGAUUUCAGGCCCAUCGUUGGUGCCCAUACACUGGCCGAUAAGCUGCCGGAUCGGUCUAAGGGACCAAUAUCGGCAGCUAGAAUCGGCCCGUGUAUGGCCAACUUUACUGCCUGCCCUUUGGUAGAUGCUAAGGACAGGGCUGCCUUGCACCACCCACAGCUAUAGAUAUUUUUAUCUGGUAUGAGGUGCAGAGCUCAGCAAGACUGUGGUGUUGUGCUUCUGUCUUGGUUUUAAGUAAAUGACCUCCCAUUCGCAAAAAACAUUAAAUAAUGGGACCAAGUUUCCAUAGUCUGCUCUCUGCCACCUGUCCUGAAUGGCCUAUAAAGCUAAAAAAAGCAAAAAUCCCCCAGUUAGCAUUAGUGCUUUAUAGAUCACAUUUUAGUUAAAUAUACUGUAUAUAUAUAUAUAUAUAUAUAUAUAUAUAUAUAUAUAUAUAUAUAUAUAUAUAUAAAUAAUACUGGAUCACUUCUGAGCUAUGAAUGUGAAUGAGAUGUCACCGGCUUCAAGGCCAAGCAUUUGAUGUCACCUCUUGCCUAAAGGUGCUUAUAAACCUCUUUUCUCCACCGCUGCUGCAUUCCAUCUCCACUUGCCUAUUGUGGCAUCGCUCCAUGAUUCCCCAUUGAAGUCCAUUCUCAUAUGGUGCCAUUCAUUUCAAUCUUUUUAGGUACAUUUCGCCUGGGUUUGUCUGUUCCCAACGCUGCGCUUUAGUGGAGUUGGACUCCCUCAUGGCUGCAGGUCAUGAUGCCAGUUUCCAACUUGUUUCUAAUUAUUGUUGGUUAAUAAAGAAUAACCAUUUAUUGA